UCAUAAAUGGGAGGGGACUGCGAGAAAUUACAGCAGUGGUAUAGAAUGUAAUUGUGAGAAUACACGUGUUUCUAAUGCAGCUACUAGUGUCAGCAGAGACUGAGUGCCAUCUUCACAGUCUGCACGAUGUCCCCCUACUGGGACCGAUUCAUGUCAGCUGAGUCUUUCUAUACAAGACCCCGUGUAUAAAGAUAUAAUGCAAACUGCGGUUCAUCGUAUUGGCAGCCUGGUGUAGAAUGCGGAUUCCUCUGCUGCUCCUAUUACUGCUACUACCACAGUCUGAACCAGGAAUUCAACCUCUGCAGACGUCCACAUUGAAUCCUUUCACAACAAAAUUUAAUUGUGCGCCAAGAAACGUAACUUUCUCUUCUUCAAAUAAGAAAAAUAAGCUGAGCUGGUUGCCACCCGAAACAUCAGAAGAUAUACGUUACAUUGUGGAAUACUGCGAAUGUUCUUCUGGUAGUUUACAUUGCAAGACAAAAUUAGAAUGCACAAAUAUCACUGAGACCCUGUGUGAUUUAACCAAUGAAACUAGUAAUUCUGCAAAAACCUUUUAUGGUAGGGUCAAUGUAACUAGCCAAGUCUGUUCCCCACGAUCAAAACAAAAGCAGCUAGUUAAUAGACUUGGAGGAUCAAAAUGUGCUCCAAGAAAUGUAAUGUUUACUUCUAAGAAUCUGAAAACUAAUCUUACCUGGCUGCCACCAAUAAAAUCUGAAGGAAUACGCUAUACUGUGGAAUACCUCGAAUAUGGUGAAAAAUGUUGGCAGAAAAAAUUAGAAUGCACAAAUAUAACUGAGACCUUCUGUGACUUAACCAACGAAACAAGUGUUUCUGAGAAACAAUAUUAUGGCAGAGUCACUGCAACUAGCCAAGUCUGUUCACGGUCAAACCGAACACAAAGGUUUGACCCAUCCGAUGAGACUGAACUUGGACCACUAACAGUACACUUGUUUUUAACCGAUACAUCAAUUGAAAUAAAUUUAACGCACCCUAUUACAUUUCUUCAUCCUAUUUUUAAACCUGUAACGUAUCAUAUUUACAAGAAUAACAAAAAGUUUGUGGAAACUGAGGUGCCAUAUUAUAAGAUAGAACAUUUAGACUCUCAUACAACAUACUGUAUAACUGCAAAAGUGUCUGUAUCCGGGAAAAGAGAAAGUUAUCCAUCAAACGAAAAAUGUAUCACAACUAAAGCUGAUCAGAGAUCCAUUGAAAUUGUUAAAGUUAUUGUAGGUAUUCUGUCUGUGGUACUUUUCGCUUGUAUGUUAUUUGCAGCAGGAUAUGGUGUACAUAAAUAUAUCCAUGUCAGCAACCUGCGUCAACCACACAUUCUGAACAUAACCGCCAGCAGUAACAACAACACAGUUUUGGUUGAAGGGCACACCGUGACCAUAAAUCUUAUUACCAUUGGUUCUGGCAUUAAAAACGUGCAAAAAGACAUGUCUGGCGAAGAGCAAAUCCAGACAAAGAGUGAGACGUACCUCACUGAUGGUGGAGACAAUAUCAGUCAUGACUCAGGAGUUCUAGAAGAUGAUCAUGGUUAUGUCAGUCUUUCUGAACCAGUCCCAGAUGAUAGGCCAUGUAGGCCACAGCUGUCACCCUCACCAUAUGAUAUGCCUCAUUAUUUUGUUAGAGAACAAGCUAGACCUGUGUCAGCACCAUUAGAUCCUGUACUUGGGGAGCAAGAUCUGUAUGGACAAAUUAAAUGCAAGUCUGACACUGCUCCUCUGCAAGAAAAAGAUGAUUUGAAAGUUAUUCAAAAUAUGUCAGAUAGAACUUUGUCUGCCUACCUCCCAAAGAAUGAUAAUUGUACCAAAUUAGACUCAUUAAAUGAUGACCAUUUUGAAGAAGAAUGUUUAAUAGACCACACUUGGGAAAAUGCAAAUGUAAUAAAUGAUACCGGUCUCUGUGAAUCUGGAACCCUGUUUUUAGAUUGGAGUCCAAAGAAUCCUCACCUCCGUAUCCCAAACUUGUGUAACCAUGUACAGGAGGAAUUCUCCACAAAACAAUGCCUGGAAGCAAAAGAAGGACUUUUGUCGCAACUCUGCAUACCACCCCAACCGGAGGCACCCCCAGAGAAUGAUGAGUUAGUGCAGCUGACAGAACGCUGGGAGCUGAGCAUACAAAUGGAGGACUAGGCAAACUAGUAGACGUUAAGUACACUGUUAGCUAGGUGUAAUGAGUCCUGGCUGUGUCCUGCAUAGCUAUGUAUGCAACCUUCUAACUUUGAGAAAGAAAUAAGGGAAUGCUGAUAUAUUACUGAAUUAAAAAUUAUUUUGUUUAUGCAAUUUUUUAAGUAUUUUAUAGUGCCUGUAAAUCUUUUCUAACCUUCUAACUUAGAUCUAGUUAUGUUCAGACUUUCUUUCCCCUUUAGGUUGCAUAUACGUUAUAAAUGGUUGUGGUGGAACAUUGGUGACAUUUUAGCUGGGUGAAUAAAGACUAUGUAUGCAAAAUA